CAACAUCGAACACAGCUUGCUUGCUUGCUUGGAGAAAAAAGAAAAAAAGAACACAGCUUGUUUGCUUUAGAGAGAGAGAGAGAGAGAGAGAGAUGGAGAACUUCCCAGUGAUAAAUUUGGAGAAGCUAGACGGUGAGGAGAGAGGAGCAACCAUGGAGAAGAUCAAAGAUGCAUGCGAAAACUGGGGUUUCUUUGAGUUGCUUAAUCAUGGCAUAUCCCAUGAGUUAAUGGAUGCUGUGGAGAGGUUGACAAAGGAGCACUACAAGAAGUGCAUGGAGCAAAGAUUCAAGCAGCUCAUGGCAAGCAAGGGUCUAGAGGGUGUUCAGGCUGAGGUCCAUGACAUGGAUUGGGAGAGCACCUUCCACUUACGCCAUCUCCCCUACUCCAAUAUCUCUGAGAUUCCAGACCUCCAAGAUGAUUAUAGGAAGAUCAUGAAGGAAUUUGCAGUGAAGUUGGAAAAACUGGCAGAGGAACUCCUAGAGCUGUUAGGCGAGAAUCUUGGACUAGAGAAAGGUUACCUCAAAAAGGCAUUGUGUGGAUCAAAAGGUCCAACUUUUGCAACCAAGGUUAGCAACUACCCUCCAUGCCCAAAGCCAGACCUGAUCAAGGGUCUCCGCGCCCACACCGAUGCUGGUGGCAUUAUCCUUCUCUUCCAGGAUGAUAAGGUCAGCGGUCUCCAGCUUCUCAAAGAUGGUCACUGGAUUGACGUGCCUCCGAUGCGCCAUUCCAUUGUCAUCAACCUUGGUGACCAGCUCGAGGUCAUCACCAAUGGGAGGUACAAGAGCGUGCUGCACAGAGUGAUAGCCCAAACUGAUGGGAACAGAAUGUCAAUAGCUUCAUUCUACAACCCUGGCAGUGAUGCUGUAAUUUAUCCAGCACCAGCACUGGUAGAGAAAGAGGGAGAUGAUGAGGAGAAGAACCAUGUUUACCCAAAAUUCGUGUUUGAGGACUACAUGAAGCUGUAUGCUGGCCUCAAGUUCCAGGCCAAGGAGCCAAGAUUUGAAGCCAUGAGGGCAACAGGUGGCUUGGGUCCAAUUGCAACAGCUUGAGAGCAAAUUUUUUAGUUGAAGAGAAAAAGAAUAAUUGUCAUACAUUAUUUUUGUGGUGGCUUCCUAAACAGACUGAAUUUUAUGAAUUGAUUAUUUGUAGAAUGUGACUUUUCUAUCAUAAAUUUGAUAACAAUGUUACCAUUUAUCAUAAA